AUGAUUUCAAAUAAUAAUAAAUGCUGUAUGACAUUUAUUAUACAAGCUAAAAUGUGCUCUGUCGGUUUCUUUUUCUUCAAAACAGAUAGUGGUAUCGGUACAACUUAUUUUACAACGUCAUCGACAUCCUCGUCAAACAACACAAGUCCAGAAUCAGAUAAAGAUUUACUACUGUUGCAGAAUGAGAAAACGCCGAAACAUUUACCAAAAUCCAAAAUUGACGCUACAUCAACACCGGCAACACAAAUUAAACGUCACAGAUUAGAAAGUGAGAAACGUCAAAAGUAUUCUAAAAAGUCGAGAGGUAUUGACGAUACGUUAUGCUACGGGACGUCGAUGAACACAACUGAAGAUAUGGGUACAGUAAACAUGUCGUCUUCAUCAUUAGUAGUAUAUUGUGAAAAUGAAGAAAGGAAACAAUAUCCAUUAAAAAAUAUUCAGUUGGAAAGCCAGGACAAUGUUACACCGAUUUCAGAUGGACAAAGAAGAUGGAGUACGAAAGUUAAAAGUGCUCAACAGACCUCAGUUUCACUGAAAUUAAAUUUGCGUAUAGCUGAUUUAAUUGAUAUAUCUGAGACAGAUGAGAUGACAUCUGAGCCAAAAAUUACUAAGUCAACAUUGGCAAGUGUUGGAGGAAGGCGAAGACAGCGGCGCAUGCAUGCAUGUGAACAUUGUGAUAAGCAGUUUGAUCGCCCAUCUUUACUUAAACGUCAUACCCUUACGCAUACAGGCGAACGUCCAUUCGAAUGUAAAUAUUGUUCAAAAGGGUUUUCUACGCGAAGUGGUGUGAACACACAUGAACGUACACACACAGGACAAAGACCAUAUGUUUGCCGGAUCUGUGGAAGACGUUUUGCUGCUGGAUCAAAUCUUAUAUUUCACAAAUAUACUCACACAAAUACACGAAGACAUAUGUGUAGUCAAUGUCCCAAAGCAUUUGUUACACCUGGAGAUUUAAGAAAACAUGAGUAUACGCAUACAGGAGAAUGGCCAUUCCGCUGUGAGUUAUGUGAUCGUGGUUUUGCAACUGAACGCAAUUUGAAGUCUCAUGAAGUCACUCAUACAGGAGAAAAUCAAGUUACUACAAAAACUAAAAAGCUCUCGAAUAAUGUACCGAAUGCCUCAAAAGAUCCUUUGUCCAAUUCGCCUAAGAAAGCAGAUACACAUUUACAAAACAAAUCCUCCAGAACUCUGAAAGCAAAAUUUUCAAAUGGUGAAUAUGUAUCGAACGGAUCAUUUGUGGAAAACCCUGACGCUUCGAAUAAAAUCUUUUCAUCCGAUUCAUCAGCCUCAAUAAAUCCAGUGUAUCACAAUCAACAUUCUUCAGCAUUUUCUGUACCAAAACAUCGUUUAAAUCAAGCUCAGGAAUUAAGUAAUCCAAUGAGUCUUAGUGCAAUAAGUAAUCAAAAUAUACCGCAAACUCUCGUCCCUUACGAUACUCUAAAUAACAUCAAUUUGCAAGGUGUACCCAUAUUUCCACCGGCAUUUACAUAUUCUUCGAACACUAAUAUUCCUAUAACUCCUGGUAAACAACAGCUGAUAGCUGAAUAUAACUUCGUAGGUCUACCCGAACAGUCUUGUCAAUAUUUGUUGCAAAAUCAACCAGAACCAGUUCAUAGUUCUGGCCAUUAUCCGUUGUGGAUACCACAAUCGAGUAAUAAUUCGCAACGCUAUGGUGCAAACAUUUGUAGUGCUUUCCUUAAUCAUAACGCACAUAAUAACCUAUUAACUUAUGUAACUUCUAAUUCAACAACCAAUAAUCAGUCAAAUAUAUCUGUUACUAGUAAUAUUAACAGCCAUAAUAAUAUGAAUGUUAGUACAUUUACUACUAAUGAGUGCGAUAAUUUAGAAAUUCAGGCAUUAGAUUACUCUACAAAAACUUUAUCCAAAAUGGAUAAAAUAUUUCACUAA